AUGUACCAAAUUCUAUCAUGUGGUUCAAAUGGUCAAUAUCAACUAGGUCAAGGUAACGAUGAAGAUCAAUUUACUUUGAGAACUUGUGAAUUUUUACAAGAUAAAGAAAUAUCAACUACUAUCUAUUCCAAACCUUUAAAGAUAUCUUGUGGUGGGAAUCAUACUUUGAUAUUACUUGAAGAUGGAGAUGUAUACAGUUGUGGAAAUAAUGAAUAUAAACAAAUUUGUCAAGAAGAUAAAGUUCAAUCAAUUUUCAAGAAAAUUGAAUUUGAAAAGAAAAUUAGAAAUAUUUCGUGUUGUUGGGAUUCUUCAUUUUUAGUUACUGAAUAUAAUGAAGUAUAUAGUUGUGGACAGGGUCUAAAGGGAGAAUUAGGAUUAGGUUUACAAACUACUUCAGAGCCAGAGUUAAAAUUAGUUAAAAAAUUCGAUCACAACGUUAUUGAUAUAAAAUGCGGGAUGAAUCAUGUUAUAGUCAAGUUAGAUAAUGCACAAUUAUACGGUUGGGGAAAUUGUAGAAAAGGUCAAUUAGGUGAAACAUCAAAAAAAUUGAUAAAACGAGGAUCAAUUUGGGAACCUGUACUAUUACAAAUGCAACCAGUUGCAGUUGAAGAUUUUUUGGAAGUUGGUAGAGAAUUCACUAUUAUUACAUCAAAUGGACAACCAUAUGUGUAUGGGAAAUUUUCAGAUGAUGGUUUACAGAACCAAAUGAAAGAUAUGAAAGAUAUUGGACAAAUAAAGACAAUGUGGGCAUCAAUUCAUUUUAAAGAAGUUUCAUCUAACUCAAUUAAAUCAUUUGGAGUGGAUAGUCAUGGACAACUAUUCAAAUAUAAUAUACCAGAAUCAGAUUCAAAAGGUUUUAAAUUUGAAGUAGGAAGUGAACACGGUUUACUACAGCAAAACAAUAAAUUAUACGCAUGGGGUUGGGGAGAACAUGGCAAUUGUGGUCCAUCUUUAACAGGAAACCCCAAUACUUUUAAUUAUUUGAAUCAGUUGUUUCCCAACAAAGAGUUUUUUGAUGGUAAGAUUGUUUAUUUCACAGGUGGUUGUGCAACAAGUUGGGUAUGUAUAGAACUUUAA